GGUUUAUUGUGUUUUUUCAUUCGCUACCUAGUGCUACGGUUUUCCGUUUCAGCUCCGCGCGUUGGUCCAUACAUCACAUCAUAUAUGUGUGAACACUGUGCAAUUUUCCAAGAAGCAAAAAAGGUUCAGUUUAGAGUUUCUCGUUUUCGUUUGCCUCGUUACUCAGUGGAGAAAAACACAAUCUGUUAGCAGUUUGUUUCGCAAAACGUUGUGUUCGAAACUAGAACGGAGGCAGUGAAUGUGAUAAGAUUGUUAAACUUGUUAAAAGUGUGUGAAAAUUUGAAAUAGUCAGUGAAACAGAGCGAUACUAUGCAGAAAGCCAGUUAGAAUUAGGCUUUUUUCCAGCCGGGAACGAAGCAACCGAUAAUUCAAUUAACGGAAGGAAAAUCCUGCUCAAACAAAAUCGCCAAAAUAUUUCCGCCCUUCCUUCAGGCGGCAAGUGGCAGCGGCACGUAUUAUUAGAAUAAUAAACAACAAUAUCAGCCAUCUACAUAAACCGCAGCAGAAACAUCAUUACCACAAGCAAAGAAGUGAUUUAUGUUCCACCGUUUUCAACCAUAUCAACAAUAUGGUGUAGCGUUUAAAAGAAAAAAAUGCCAUCAGUUGCUUUUUCAGUGCAAACGGUAUAGAUGAAAUCGAAACUGUCAAUAAGCAUGUAAUCUGCUAAGGAGUAAAUAUUAUAAAAUGGAUAUCCAACCAUAAACGAAACGAAGAAAAAAAAACAUAAUAUAUUUUGUCUGGAGUCAGUGUCAAUGUCAAUAACAAUAUAUAUUUGGUGGAGUGAGUUUUGAGCUGGUCCGUGAAUUCCUAUACCAGUCACUUCUCGGUCGCAGCCGCUGCCUAUAAAAGUCAAGAUAAGAGGAACUUGAACUACAACUUUGAUUGCAGCCAUAAAAUCUUAACCGGCCUUGGAAAAUGGACCACGGUGGAGUUGAUGACGAAGCUCCUAUAGACCCUCGUCUGAAGAACCGUACUUUUCCAGUGGAUCAAGACUAUGAAGGCCAUCGAGCGCACACAGUUUUCGUUGGCGUCCACAUACCGGGCUCAUCGAGGCGCCACUCACAAAGGCGUCGCCACAAACAUCACCAACAGAACCGGGACAGUGGCGACAAAAGCUCCACGAAUGCUGAAACCGAGAGGCCAGCCGCUCCUCACGUUGUCACCCAGCGGAGAAUCAGCAUUGUUGAUGAUGGCGAGUGCUUUACACCACCCGCACAAAGAGUCCAGUUCAUCUUGGGAGGCGAAGUCGACGACAGUAACCAUGAGUCACAUCCACUCUUUUCCGAGAUGGAGGAGCUGGUCAAGGAGGGCGACGAGAUGGCCUGGAAAGAAACCGCCCGGUGGGUCAAGUUCGAAGAGGACGUCGAGGAAGGUGGCAACCGGUGGUCGAAGCCCCACGUCGCAACCCUUUCGCUGCAUUCGCUCUUCGAGUUGCGCAGUCUGCUGCUCAACGGGACCGUGAUGCUGGACAUGGAAGCCGUCGGCUUGGAACAGAUCGCAGAACUAGUCUGCGAAAACAUGGUCAAUUCUGGCACGUUGCCCAUCGAAGCACGCGACAAGGUUAUCGAUGCUCUGCUAAAACGACACAAGCACCAGCACGAGUUCAGCCACAAAAAAUCACGACUGCCACUGAUCCGAUCCCUGGCAGACAUUGGCAAAAAUCACUCCAGCUCUAAGAACAUGCGCCGCUCAUCCACCGCCACUUCAGCAAAUUCAUACCCAAUGCACGUGGUUUCAUCGUCACCCGGAAUGCACGACGAUGCCGGUGAAGCAGCACUGUCACCACAAACCGCACUUCUCAGUGGAUCUGGCAGAGAUCAGCGGGGUCACUAUCUAGCACUGCCAACAGUUGAAGACCAGCAUCAGCAACAGCAAGCUUCUCCCCAGACGGUGUCGAAAAGUGCCAGCAACGGUAGCAAUAUUAAUGCUACCGCCACCGGCAAACCGAGCAAUGGCAACAGCGGAAAACAUUUGACCGUGCCUGGAAAAGCUCCCGGUAAACCCAAACAACAAAAUACAAUACCACAUUUUCUUUCAUCCCGCUUCCCUCCGGGGGAGAAUCUUAUCCAAAGUCCCAGUAAUGUCUCAAUGACACGGAACGCCAGCUCCGGCGAGCUGCAGAAUGGCGAACACAAGUCGAACACGCACUUCAUGAGGAAAAUACCUCCAGGUGCGGAAGCGAGCAACAUUCUCGUCGGCGAGGUGGACUUUCUGGACAAAACGCUUGCCGCAUUCCUGAGGCUGAAUAAUGCCUCCGUCAUGGGUGAUCUGACCGAGGUUCCGGUUCCCACAAGAUUCAUCUUCAUCCUGUUGGGUCCACCGGGAAGCCACAGCAGCUUCCAUGAAAUUGGGCGUGCUAUGGCAACGCUGAUGUCAGACGAAAUAUUCCAUGAGGUCGCAUACAGAGCCAAAAAGCGAGAGCAUUUACUAGCGGGUGUCGAUGAGUUUCUGGAUGCCGUCACCGUGCUUCCACCGGGUGAAUGGGACCCAUCGAUUAGGAUAGAACCCCCGGCGGCCAUACCGUCUCAGGAGGUCCGUAAACGGCCACCAGAGAAAAACCCGAAGGAAGAAAUCGACGAAGAAGAGGAGGAACAGCGACAGCGUGAAGAGUCCGGACUCUCCCGAACAGGGCGGCUGUUCGGGGGUUUGGUGAACGAUUUGAAGCGAAAGAGGCCUUUCUAUCUGUCGGACUUCAAAGACGGGCUUUCGUUGCAGUGUGUUGCCUCCUGGAUUUUCCUGUACUUUGCUUGUCUUUCGCCGAUUAUCACAUUCGGAGGCCUGUUGGGCUCGGCUACCGGUAACAAUAUCGCCGCGAUGGAAUCGUUGGUAUCGGGAUUUGUGUGCGGCAUCGGGUAUGGUUUCUUCUCUGGUCAGCCUCUGACUAUUCUGGGUUCCACCGGACCAGUGCUGGUGUUCGAGACCAUAGUGUACGAUUUUUGUAUACGAGUUGGAUGGGACUAUCUGACUUUCAGAUUCUGGAUCGGCACAUGGGUGACAAUAAUCCUGAUCAUUUUGGUCGCCAUUGACGCGAGUGCAUUCGUAUGCUACAUCACGCGAUUCACUGAGGAAAAUUUUGCUUGCCUCAUUGCGUUCAUUUUUAUUUACAAAGCCGUUGAAAAUGUGUUGCAUAUAGGAAAAGAAUUCCCAUUGAAUACGGCAGGUGCACCGUACGAUUGUUCUUGCUUACCGCCAGAGGGGACAGCACUAUCAACCGAUGUCGUUCACGAGUGGACGCAGUACGACAGCAGAACAUGCGCGCUUCUUAACGGAACCCUGACCGGGAGCGAUUGUUACAAAACAGAGUACGUCUCCGAUGUCUUCCUGAUGUCCAUCAUCCUGUUCAUUGGAACCUACAUCAUUUCGGUGAUUCUGAAGGACUUCAAAAAUGCGCUUUUCUUCCCCGCGAACGUCCGGCAGUUCGUUAGUGACUUUGCCGUUAUCAUUGCCAUCUUUUCGAUGAGCUCGCUAGAUUUCUUCACCAAUGUCCCGACACCGAAGUUGGAAGUACCGCGGGAGUUUAAACCCACUAUCCCGGAUCGGGGCUGGCUCAUUCAACCAUUCCACGAGAAAAAUCCGAUCUGGUCCUCAGCCCUCGCUGUACUGCCCGCCCUACUGGGUACCAUUCUGAUCUUCAUGGAUCAGCAAAUUACGGCUGUGAUAAUCAAUAGGAAGGAACAUAAGCUAAAGAAAGGCUGUGGUUACCACUUGGAUCUGUUUGUAUUGGCUGUGCUCAUACAGAUCUGCACAAUCAUGGGACUACCAUGGUUCGUUGCCGCUACCGUACUCAGUAUUAAUCAUGUCAAUUCACUCAAGCAAGAAUCGGAAACAGCUGCUCCCGGAGAAAAACCUCAGUUCCUCGGAGUUUGCGAACAACGUGUUACCCAUAUUUUAAUCUUUUUAACAAUUGGCUGUUCAGUACUGUUGACGCCACUGCUGUCUCACAUUCCAAUGCCAGUAUUAUAUGGCGUCUUUUUGUAUAUGGGCUCAGCAUCCCUUAAGGGUCUUCAGUUCUUCGAUCGUCUUUUGAUCAUGUUAAUGCCUAUAAAGUAUCAGCCGGACUAUAUGUUUUUGAGACAGGUUCCCAUCCGUCGCGUGCACCUGUUUACGCUCAUACAGCUGGCCUGUCUCAUCAUGCUGUGGGUGAUCAAGUCCUUCUCCAGCACUUCGAUCCUGUUCCCGCUGAUGCUGGUAGUGAUGAUCGGUAUCCGAAAGUCACUGGAUCUGGUGUUUACCCGCCGCGAGCUCAAGAUCCUCGACGAUGUGAUGCCGGAAAUGACGAAACGGGCAAACGCUGACGAUCUCCGGCAGCUGGAGGAUGGCGAGGAAUCCGGUCAACAUUCGACUGACAACUUGCAGCUGCCAUUGGAGAAUGGUCUCCAGCCCCAAUGUAAAAUCAACAUAUCGGAAGAAGUAAAUCGCACAACCAUCUGGAAGCAGGUCAACAACUGUAACAUACUUUUCACGAAAAAACAAUCCAGCCCCUUCCCUCAGUACAGCCAGAACAGUCAGAACUCCAAACAACAACAAGCGCAACAACAAUCACUUUCCGAUAACAAAUCAAAGAAAACCAGUGAAACCGAUAAAAGACUGUCCACGAUGCGGGAGGAGGAGGAAUCCAAUCCCGAGGAUGCCAACAACCGUCAAUUAAGCCACCAAAAACGAACACAGAAUCUGAAACGAGAAUUCUGGAUACGCUCGCCAGCAAACACCGGAGAUGCGCCAUUAGCAGAGCCGUGGUGGUCCAGCACCGAUAAGGUAGAUCUGAUUGGUGGAUGCAAAAACGCCUCGGAAACGCAGGUGUGAAAAGACUGCUGGAGUCUGGAAAUUAACGAUGAUGAGAAGCCGAGAGAGUAGCCGAAAAGCUCGCGUGCCUUCCGAAGCACAAAUUCUAACUCCCCUGGCGCCGAAAUUCUGAGCGCACGGAUAACAGUCGCCGCUCCGCUAGAUUUACGAGGUUAUACAAUGUUAGGAAAUGGGAAGAGUGUUUUUAGGGAAAGGAAUUAGGAUCAGUCAUUAUAUUGAAAAAAAAUUAUUACCGGCAACCUGCAUAUUUUUAUUAUAUACAAUUGAAUGAAUAGUAAAUGAAACAUUCAAUUAAGAGGAAGCAUUUUUCCGAUAGGCUGAUGAAAUAGCAUGUAAGCAAGCCCAACCCAAGGCAUUUCAAAUCGAUAUUAUUACUAAUAAACUACUGAAACAAUUAGCAUAAAUUGUUGAAACUGGUUGUAU